CCCUGCACCAACGCGGCUACAGUCAGCAUUCACCAGCGCAACACUUCAUACUGCUUUCAUCAGCCUGCCUGUACUCAUCUUCCUGAGCUGUUUUGACUUGUCUGGAAAAAGAGGAAAAUGCCUCUAAGAGGACCUUUAUUUCGUCUGCUCAGAACUCAACUGAGCCCCACUCACCAACAAUGCAGAACUCACUCCGUGGCAGUUCUGGGAGCUCCUUUCUCAAGAGGACAGAAAAGAAGAGGAGUGGAACAUGGUCCCAAAGCCAUCAGAGACGCGGGGCUCAUGGAGAGGCUCGCCGCUUUAGACUACACUGUCCAUGAUUUUGGUGACCUAAACUUCCAAUACCUGGAGAAGGACGAGUCCUACAUUAAUGUCCAGUCUCCUCGCACCGUUGGAGCAGCCAAUAAGAAGCUGUCUGGAGCUGUGAGCAGAGCUGUCGGAGCAGGACACACGCUCGUCAUGCUGGGAGGAGAUCACAGCCUGGCUAUCGGAUCAGUGGGAGGCCACGCCCAGCAGUGUCCUGACCUGUGCCUCAUCUGGGUCGAUGCUCAUGCAGAUAUAAACACACCCAUGACUUCUCCAUCAGGAAAUCUCCACGGACAGCCAGUGGCGUUUAUGCUCAAAGAGCUGCAGGACAAGAUGCCAGAUAUACCCGGGUUCUCCUGGACGAAGCCCUUCCUCAAAUCAAGAGAUCUUGUGUACAUUGGACUGCGGGAUGUCGACCCCGGAGAGCACCACAUCCUGAAGAAUCUGGGCAUCCAGUAUUUCACCAUGAGAGAUAUCGACAGACUCGGCAUCCAAAGGGUCAUGGAAGUCACUCUUGACAGUCUCCUGGCAAGAAAGCAGAGACCAAUCCACUUGAGUUUUGACAUCGAUGCGUUUGACCCGUCUCUGGCUCCGGCCACAGGAACGCCAGUGAACGGAGGUUUGACCUACAGGGAGGGAAUCUACAUCACAGAGGAGAUCAACAACACAGGUUUGCUGUCCGUCAUCGACCUGGUGGAAGUAAACCCUGCACUGGGAGCAAAGCCCGAAGCCGUAGAGGCCACCGCCUCUCUAGCGGUGGACGUCAUCGCGUCCUCUCUGGGACAGACGAGAGAAGGAGCUCAUCCAUCCAUGGAUGAGAUUCCUGCUGUGAAGGAAGACACAGAGCAGCUUCGUCUCUGAAAAACAGGAAGCAAAGCUAUGGACUUUUUCAUCCCUGAGCAUUCCUCCACUUUAAUUCAAUACUGCAAAGACUGAAUCUAAUAGUAGUUGAAGUUUUUUGUCUUUUUCUCUUUGCUGUUUGAUGCUGUAUUUAAUGAAAACUGUUGGAAUUCAUGAAACUGUAGAAGGGCUUUUCAGACUCAAUUAGAAAUGUAAGUAUUAAUACUACUGAAAAAAAGCCUUGAGUACAAUUGACAAAUCACUCCUCUCAUUUCAGGAAGUAUCAUUAAUGAACACAUACUUCUUUUGCUGCUGUAGGCAUGACAUUAUGUGUUAGACACCACAGCUGCCACAUAUUUAUUUUGCAUUUGGUUUACAAGGAAAUGAGCCUGCCUUAGAGGUAUGAUGAACCCAGUCUGACUUUGUCUGAGGUCCACAGUUUUGCGUGGACUCUCGUUCUGUGGCUGUGCCAGUUACUAAAACAAGUAAUGACGCGUUUGCACUUUUGGACCAGGUGUACUGUAGUUACUGUAUUUCCUUUAGGUUUUUUGUAUUUUCACAAGUACAUGUAAUAGACUUUAUGUGUGUAGAAAUAUUUACUAACAUGUUUUAAUUAGCUUGAGAAGCUUUAACGUCCAUCUUGGUUUUAAAGGCUGGGAAUAAGAAAGAAUUAGAGUAAUAAUAAUAAUUAUUAGAAUAUUGAAGUUUGAACUGGUUUGAUGCUUGGUCUAUGCUUGACUUGAUGUGACCACUGAAUGACUUUUCUCCUGUAACAGAGAGUUUAUAUUUUGGUCUUCCAUAAAUGUGAUUACAUUUUU